AUUGGGAAUUCACCUGUGUGACGUCACGCCUCAGUGCUCUGCAGCGCGCUGCCACAGAGCUGCAGCAGUACAGAGUCGGGCUCGGAGACAGAGGGAGCUGAGUGAACCGCAGCCGCCUUCAACACUUCCUUAAACUCCAUUGAAGUUUUUCAAAGUCGAACCUCCUGGGGAAGCCGUGCUGCUUCAAAAACUAAAACCGGGGUUACAAACUCGCGACGAACAAGACACUUUCCAAGACAGCGGAAGAGGAGGCUUCGGUGAGCGGUCACCAUGGCACCCUUCCUGCGUAUCACCUUCAAUGCUUAUGACGUGGGCACCCUGCCCGCUCUAACCGAAACUCCCAUCUGUGCCAUCAAGAUGAAGGAGUCUGUCAACACGGAGCGAGGAAAGACCUUGGUGCAGAGGAAGCCCACCAUGUAUCCCUCCUGGAAGUCCACUUUUGAUGCUCACAUCAACGAGGGGCGUGUCCUAGAGGUGGUCCUCAUGCAGAGCGCCGAGGAGCCAUUGGCCAACGCCACGGUGGGCUUGUCUGUGCUGGCAGAGCGCUGCAAGAAGUCCAAGACGGCCGGCCGCACCGAGUUCUGGUUGGACCUGCUUCCCUCAGGGAGGGUCCAGAUGGCUGUGCAGUUCUUCCUGGAGGACACGGAUGCAGCGCCGGGUCAGAAGUCGUUGAAGGUUUCUUCCGAGGAGGGAGUGACGACCCUCAACAGGAGGAGAGGAGCCUUCAAGCAGCCCAAGGUUCACUUAAUCAAGAACCACGAGUUCUGCGCCACCUUCUUCAGCCAGCCCACCUUCUGCUCCGUCUGCAGAGAGUUCGUCUGGGGUUUCAACAAGCAAGGCUACAAGUGCAGACAAUGCAAUGCAGCUAUCCACAAGAAAUGCAUCGACAAAAUCAUCGGCAGGUGCACUGGGACGGCAGCCAACAGCCGCGACACCGUGUUCCAGAAAGAGCGCUUCAAGAUCGACAUGCCGCAUCGCUUCAAGCACUAUAACUACAAGAGCCCCACUUUCUGUGACCACUGUGGCAGCCUGCUCUGGGGUCUCUACAAGCAGGGCCUCAAAUGUGAUGACUGCAGCAUGAACGUUCAUAGUAACUGUCAGAAGAAAGUGGCCAAUCUGUGUGGAAUCAACCAGAAACUACUGGCAGAGGCUCUGCUUCAAAUCAGCCAGACAUCUAUGAAGAAGCCUGCUCCCAAUGCAGACGAUAUUGGCAUCUAUCAAGACAUCAGAGGUGCAACAGUAGACCCUGGUGCAGAUGAGAAUUGCGGGCACGUGGUGGGCCCGACCCCCGCCCCAGUCACACCGACUGUUUCCAGGGUUCGCAUCACCAUGAACCACCUGGUGUUCCACAAGGUGCUGGGCAAAGGCAGCUUUGGCAAGGUGCUGCUGGCCGAGCUCAAGGGGCAGGGCCAGUUCUUCGCUGUGAAGGCUCUGAAGAAGGACGUGGUUCUCAUGGAUGACGACGUGGAGUGUACCAUGGUGGAGAAGAGGGUCCUGGCCCUCGCCUGGGACAACCCCUUCCUCACACACCUCUACUCCACCUUCCAGUCCAAAGAGCACCUCUUCUUUGUAAUGGAGUACCUGAAUGGAGGCGACUUGAUGUUCCACAUCCAAGACAAAGGCCGCUUCGAUCUCAACAGAGCCACAUUCUAUGGUGCUGAGAUAAUCGUGGGACUGCAGUUCCUCCACUCAAAAGGAAUCAUCUACAGAGAUCUGAAGCUGGACAAUGUGAUGCUGGACAAGGACGGACACAUAAAGAUAGCGGACUUUGGCAUGUGCAAAGAGAAAGUGUUCGGAGACGUCAGAGCCACCACAUUCUGCGGGACACCAGACUAUAUCGCACCAGAGAUCCUGCUGGGACAGAAGUACACCUUCUCAGUCGACUGGUGGUCUUUCGGUGUGCUGGUGUACGAGAUGCUGAUUGGUCAGUCCCCUUUCCAAGGCGACGACGAGGACGAGCUGUUUGACUCCAUCCGGUCGGACACGCCUCACUACCCUCGCUGGAUCACCAAGGAGACCAAGAGCCUCAUUGAACUGUUGUUUGAGCGAGAUUCCACUCGCAGGUUGGGCGUGGUGGGAGACAUCCGUGCACAUCCGUUCUUUAAAACCAUUAACUGGCCAGCACUGGAGAAGAGAGAGAUGGUGCCUCCGUUUAAGCCCAAAGUGAAAUCCCCCAGUGACUGCAGCAACUUUGAUCGAGAGUUCCUGAGCGAGAAGCCGCGUCUCUCCCACGCUGACAAGAACCUCAUCGACUCCAUGGACCAGGCAGCGUUCGCCGGAUUCUCCUUCAUCAACCCCCAACUGGAAGAAAUGAUGAGCAAAUGAAGAAGCUGCCUUGAGUCUUAGACCAGCACUUCGGAAAAAAAAGUUCAACUGGAUGGAAAACAAGAGCAUAAAAAAGAUUUGAGCUGGACUAUGACUUCCUCGCUUCCUCUAUCAGAAGAGAAGGAUACGACAGAUCUGAGAUGUUUGCUGGCAUCUAAAGCAAUAAUCAUGUCUCAGCUGUCAAAACUGUAUAGGUGUAUAAAAUAGUAUAAAACUCCAGGAGAUUAAGGGAGAUUGUUAUUAAACGAGGUAACGAUGAUUUUUAGUCAAUAAUUAAAUCUGUUUUUUCUUACUUUUCUAAUUGUGCCUUUUGUUGACACUUUAAAUCUAAACCAAUCAUCUAAUGUACUGUAUGUGAACAUUUUGAAUUCAAAUGCACAAGCACGGUAUUUACUGUCGCCCUGUGUGCUUUCCCUACUGCAUGCCUCCUGUUAAACACACGUGUGUGUGUGUGUUACCACAUGCAUACAAAACAUUUGGGUGUGUGCACGUAUCUUUUGGAUGCAAAUGGUGCUACUGUAGUCAGGAACGUAGUCUGUAUCCCUCUGCCAGACGUAAAGGCAUCGUGUGAAAGGCUGUAAUAUAAAGUUGGGAGGAUUUAUAUCCAUCUGACGUGAGGUAAUGAAAUUGCAGAGCUGCAUAGUUCCCUGUAUUUCCCACUGAACUGUCUGGAGAGAUUGGAGAUGCUCUAGGCAAAUCCCAGUCUCACAUAACCUGAAAAGCUUUAAUUUGUUUUUUAAUUUAGCCAAGGAUGUCUUCAAGUCUUGUGUGUGCCAUUGGGGAGAAAAGCCUCUUGCUGUACGUCAAUCUAAAGCAUAGAACAAAAAAUCAUUCCAUACACAAUGUAUAUUUCAUCUCUUAUUGGACAGCUAUGGUAUGGUACUGUACCUUCACAUGUGUUUGUGUUGAAGGAUGUGUUAUUUUACAUUGGGGGGAAUGGGCAUUUCUGUGUAAGCAUUGAGUGUUUGAACAUGUGUAACAUUACUUGAAUGUAGGAAUUUUAACAUGGAAAAUAAUAAUGCUGUGUAUGGAAAAUUAAUAUGUACAUUCCAAUGAGCUGCCUGUAAGUUAUGGGUUACUUUUUUUUACUCUCCUUGUCUUUUACAUCUAAUUAUAAAUAAAUACAUUGUAAACUCUUAAAUGUCA